AGGCUCCCGCGACGUUCGGAACUCUGAAUGAGACUAGAACAGAGCAAACCAAACCGAACCGAACCAAACCGGCCAGAGAGGGCAGGGCCAACGGGCUAGGCGUGCGCCUUAGCUCUGUCCGUUCCUGACCCGGAUGGGGGCCCAACUAGGGACAGAGGCGGGGAAGUGGAGGCACUGGGAGGACGAUUGGAGUAGGCCACCUAAAGAGCCGCUCAUCGUCGUCGGGCAGGGCCUGGGAAGGGCAAACCUCUGGACCCCGGGCGGGCGGGACGACAAGGGACCCCCGGGCUCCCACACUGCGAAAGUGAAGAGAGUGCCUUUUCCUGUCGGCCCCCCGAGAGCGGGGAACCGAGCCGCCGGAGAACCGGCCGCUAGGGCUCGUCCGGCGGCCGAGGAGGUUAAGCGGCUCAGGGCUGGACGUGCCGGGACCCGGGCGGGAUGCGAGCCCCGGAGUUGCUGGGCCGCGCCAAGAGCCGCAGAGACCAGCCCGGAGAAACUGGAAAAACCCUCCGCACUGGGACGCCGUUUCCGCGUGUCGCCAGCCCGCGACCGUAGGGCUCUCUCCCUGGCGGUCUCCGCAAAGGUGCACCGUGACUUUGAGAAGGAACGUUUGGUUGCCGAAUUUGUCAAGUUGGCUGAGGACUCCAGUAAUUCCCUUCAACCGGAUCUUAGUUUCAUAAAUAAUUUUCUCAAGCCAGAGAAGCUAACAAAGGCAGAGAAGAGGUUUAAAGAAAAGGCAGUAGUGGAAAUGAUGAAGCUAGACAAGCAAAUCAAAGAAACUCAAAUCCGACUAGAACCGUUAGUGGAGGAAUCCAGGCAGCUGCUGGCGGAAAACGUACGUGUCGAGGAGGAAAACCAGUUCUUUCGGGAAUACCUGACCAAGCAAACAGAGGAGUCUAGACAGCGAACCGAGAAGCUGUGGAACUACUAUUUACAACAAAGUGGGCAGAUCGAACAAAGGAGACAAGAAUUAACCUCCAAAUAUGCGGAAAAAAAUUCAGCGCUUAAAACAGAGCUCUUGCAGAAAGAAAAGAUCCUAUCCAAUUUGAAUAAGCAGUUGGAGGCAAUGAGGGACGUUUCGAUAGUAAAGGAGAAACAGGAGAGAGAAAUUCAGACACUACAGCAGGAGAUAAAGAAAACCCACGCUGAGACAGCUGCAAAGAAACAGGCCAUGCUGGUCAAGUUCUUCCAGGAUAAAGCAUUACUGGAGGCACAACUGAGUGAGCUAGAUGCAAGGCAGUUGGGAAAGAGACCAACAAAGGAGCUGAACAGCAAGAACGAGGCCUUGGAGAGGGCCGCAAAGCAGUACACUUCCGAGUUCCACAAUAGCAUCGACAGACAGCACCAGCAGUUACAGAAGGAACUACCACAGCUAAUUCAGAAAUGCCAGAAGUUGGAGGUUACUCACAGCCGUUUAAAAAAGAAGCAGCAGCAGCUGCAGCAGGAGCAGUGGUACCUACAGUGCUUAAGCCGGGGGAGGCAACGGCUGCAAGAAAGGCGUAAUCCAUGCCCAAAAGGACAAAGUGCUCCAAAGACCACACUGAACCCUGCCCUAGGCACCAAAUCAAGGACGCAUCCAAAGUAAUUCCUAAAAUAACACGAAGUCAGGAAUGGGAGCAAGGGUUCUUAGGUGCUACGUAACAUAAACCAGGUUAGGAAGGCUUUGGGAUCUCAGGGUGCUGUGGUUAAAUAUCCAUCAUGAUGUGUUAGUGUGAAGGAUUAGGUGCUUUUCUCCAGCAGUACUGCUAGAUUAUUUGUGGGACUGGCUUCCCUUAAAGUUAGGUUUUUCUUUAAUUAGCUCUUGGUAAUAAAUGGGCUGUUCCUCACACCCCCUGAUAACCCAGUACCAUUUGCCAAAAACCCAGAUGUGAAACUACCUCAAGAAAACCACCUUGAGGAAGUGACAGGAAAAUAGUUGUGUGGUGUGUUUCACCUAGCUAAGUUAGGUUUCUUUAUAGAAAAAGCCCCCUGAAGAAUAGCAUUUCAGAUUGUUAUAUUCUGUUUUCUGCUCUGUAAACAACCAGUGUCCAUGUAUCCUCACUUCUUUGGCCACCUUAGCACACAGUGUUUUUAAGCUCUUUGUAAAGUUUGUGCUGGUGAUCAGGUAGCUGUUUCUACAGUUUUCUCAUGAUUGAAAAACUCUUAACAGCAAGUGUAAUAAGCCUUAGGCAGAGUAACCUUCUGAUGCUCAGCCCAUACCAUUUUUGCUUUGUGUAAACUGUGUGAAGGGAAGAGAAGCUAGAGGGUAUGUAUACCUGGUCACUUUUCUGUGGAGAAAUACCUCUAGCCUGAAUGAGGUGACUGAAUGCUUCUGCCUGUUUUAGGAAAAUGUAUCAACAGAAAGUUUUCAUAUAUUUGGAGAACUUUCUAAAGAGUCUUUUGCCAUCUCUUUCCCUGGCAACAUCCUCAAUUUCUAAGAUGACAAAGAUGACUGAAGUUUCGAUAGAGUGAGCACUUUAGCUUUAGGUCACUUACUACGUUUUUACUGCAUAAGCACUUGAAAUGUGUUUUGUCCUUGAAAUGCGUUUUGUUAUUCAUGUGUACCCUAUUUAUGCCCCUUCAGUAGAACUAGGAAUAGUAUUUUAAAUUAAUAUAGACUUUUAGGGUAGUUAUAUUUUUGGCACUUAGGACAUACUGAUGGUUAGAUCGGGGAUUUCUUUGAAUGCUGAAUCCUGGUACAGAAAUACAGCCUCAUAUUUUAAUGUUGCUCCUUUAUGGAAAAACAGAAUCAACUUAAUGUUUUCAAUUGUCAGUGAUGAAAAAGUUCAUAAUGGUUUUCCCAGAUUUCAGUUUUAUUCAUAUGUAAAAUGAAUUCUUGUACAAUUAGAUUCAGAAAAGGAUUCUGCCUCAAUGUGCCUUAACUUCUAGCUUUAACAACUUUUCUGUUUAAAUGUGUAAUGUCUCGGUUCUUAAAAUUUUGUUGUUAUUGAAAAUAAACUCAG